UUUUUUUUUAAUCGCUUUUAAAAUCUCAUUGCCCGAGCAGACGAAGUAGUGACUCUCUCUCUCUCUCUAUGUCCUUUCAUCUCCCCCAUUUAAUGCUUACGAGCAACCUUCAUUUCCUCAAAAUGCCCUUCUCUCUCUCUCUCUACAAAUCCCUAACCCUAAUUUCACUCAAUCUGUAGCUGCGAUUCUCAUGUGUUCGCUGAAGAUCGUAUCUUUUAUGCCACCGGAAAUGUGAAUUUCGUCUGCAGAGGGAUUUUGGUAGUUGGUACCGGAACCAAGAUAUUUUCUUCGUCUUAUAAGUUUAAGUUGUCAUGAUCUGGGCCUGAGAAAAUGGGGCUGGAAAAGCAAGGGUUAAAGGGUGGAGGAGGUUAUGUUGGUGGUUUCUUUCAGCUGUUUGAUUGGAAUGGGAAGUCACGGAAGAAGCUGUCAUAUGACAAGUUUGAUUUACCUGAGGGAAUGAAACAGGGAAAGAGAAGCGAUGUGAAUAUGCCAACAACACGAAUUUGUCUGAUUGAGGAUGAUGAGAACAUAGGAGUGUCAAGUACGAAGGGAAGCAGUGAUUAUAGUUGCACGUCUUCAGUAACCGAAGAGGAAGGGAAUGGAGUUAGGGCCCCUGGAGUUGUUGCCAGGCUUAUGGGUCUGGACUCAUUGCCUACUCCUAGUGUUAUUGAGCCCUAUUCAACUCCACUAUUUCAACCACAAGCACUUCGAGAAACGCAUUACCAGAGAAAAGCCCCUGAAUAUCAUGAAUAUCAAAAUACCUGUUCUAGCAGCCAGCCCACUAGAGUUGAGGGCUUUUAUAGGAAAACCGUAGAAUCAAGACCACAAAAGUUGCCAAGUAGUCCAAUCGAGAGGUUCCGGACUGAAACUUUGCCUCCCAAAUCCGUUAAAUCUCAUCUGAUUACCCACCAUAAGCUUCUCUCUCCAAUCAAGAGCCCUGGAUUCAUUCCGCCCAAGAAUGCGGCUGAUAUAAUUGAGGCAGCUGCAAAGAUACUAGAGCCUGGAUAUCAAGCCAGUGCCAAGAGCAGAUUUCCAUCAGUCGGUUCUUCUUUGAUUGCUACCAAAGUUCGGGAUUUGAAGGAGAACAUGGCAACCUCGUACAGACCAUCCAAGCUUUCAGAAACAUCUAGAAAGCCAGUCGAGUCUAAUGCUGUUAAGUACCUCAAAGGACAGUCUUUGAACAAGAGCUGGAAUGGCCCAGAAGAUACUCCAAAUUUCAGGGUUUCUCCAGAUUCAGGAGACAGUCAUUCUGUUGGUUCAAGGAAUAAGGGAAAAUCCAUCUCUCUUGCCAUCCAAGCUAAGGUCAACGUUCAGAGAAGGGAGGGCUUGAGCUCAAGUGUUAAGCCCUUGUCAAUCCAGAAGGAAGAUGAAGAACAAAAACCGAACCAGCCAUUCAAAAGCCAACCAAGUACUCCAAAGAAUAGGCAGACAAAAACGUCAACGUCCCUUGCUUCUGGGGUGCUCAGACAGAAUAACCAGAAGCAGAAUUGUGCAGCAACUAAAGAGAAGUUGCCCCCUAAGCAAUCAGUUUCUAACCAGCAGGGCAGAAGAGUUCUGUAUGGAGAAUCCUCUUUUGGGCAGAAUAAAACCUUCAACAAGGUUUCUGGAAGCUCCAAAGUUGGCUACAAGAAUGGAGGCUUAGAGACGAUUGCUAUUGAAAAGGAAGUCCCAUCAUCAAGAACGAAGAAUCUCCCUCGGAAGAAACGGGCUAUAGAUGAAGACUUCCACUCUGAGAAAAGUGGGUUUAUUGAUGCCACGGUGGAUAGAGGUGAGAAACUCAUCCAGUCCCGUGGGGUGACAAACAGGCACCCUAAUUUGGCAGAAGAUAGCAAAAUGAAAGGCAUGGAUGUUGUUUCUUUUACAUUCACCUCCCCCAUGGUAAAACACAUGCCUGUAUCUCGAUCCGCCGGUCAGAUGGUGGAGAAAUGGGACACUACAAACGUCUGUUAUGUAGACUCUUGUGGUGUGAAAGAUGCCGUGGAUGCAAAACCUAAAAAACUGUCAUUUCUGGGAUUGAAUGUUAUAGGUGGUGAUGCUUUGAGUAUUCUUUUGGAACAGAAGCUUAGAGAAUUAACGUCUGGGGUCGAGUCAUCCGGCUCUAACUCAGUCAAGUCAGGGAUGGAUGCUACUACCUCUGCAUCCAUUCUGCAAGACUUGGUAUCUGCUCUCAAUACCAUGAGUGUCACACCUCGGGAACUUGACAGAAGGUCCUUACCCGGGCCACAAAAAGAUAAAUCUGGUGAUGGAUCCAGUUGUGGCUUCUCUUCAACAAAUGGUGAGGUGCUCAAAAUGAACCGUAACUUGCAGGGAGUCAAAGGGAUAAUGGAUCAUGGCAGCAGCGAUGCCCGAAAGGAACUUGACUGCCAACAUCCAAGUCCCGUAUCGAUUCUUGAAGUCUCUUUCUCGAAUGAAAGUUGCAACUCUUCAGAGAGUUGGGAUGUUACCAACGGUGGAAAGCUUUAUCCAUCGAUUCAAGCUCAAAAUCUCAUUGGUGCAAAUUGCCCAAAGAAAGCCCCAUUGGUAGAAGCUGAGGCGGAGUUGUCUGACUCAGCCUCCUCCACUUUCAGGGCAGCAGCAGACUGUGAACUUUCACCAAGAAUUGGCAUGGGAGAUCAUAUGAGAAGGGAGAAGUGGGAAAAGGGGUAUGUGAGGGAGAUCCUAUUCAAUGCCAAACUAACAUUCCCGGACUUGGCACUCGGCCAUGCCUGUGAUAUCAUUGAUCCCUGCCUCUUCGACAGGUUGGAAAGUGUAAAAAUUGGAUCGAGAAGUGAGGGAGAGAAAGGCAGUAAGAUAAGGAGGGAGUUGUUUGAUUGCGUGAGCGAAUGCGUGGAUUCAAAAUGCAGCCGUUACAUCUGUGGGGGCUACAAAGCAUGGGCCAAAGGGGUGGCAAUAGUGAGGAAGGAGGGGUUGGCAGAAGAAGUAUAUAAGGAUAUCUUGGAUUGGAGAAGUAUGGGAGAUUGGAUGGUGGAUGAGCUUGUGGAGAAGGACAUGAGCAGCCAGUUGGGGAGAUGGCUUGAUUUUGAAGCUGAAGGGUUCGAAAUAGGAGUUGAGAUUGAGAGUCGGAUACUACUUUCUUUGCUUGAUGAAGUGGUUGCUGAUUUGGUGGUGUAGGAGCUGUUCGAAAUGCUAUUUUUCCCCAAAUGUAAGUCGGGUCCGUGCCAUUUCUCUAUGUAUUUCUCGGCAGAGCGCUUGUAUUUUCAUUUCUCGAUUCUUCUCCUUCCCUUGGAGAUUCAUGGUUUUGAAUGAUAUGAUUCUUUCAUGUUGAAGGGAAAUGAUU